AGAAACGUGACCUGGGAUUCAGCAUCGUUGAUUUAUUCUCCUUUAACGUUGCUGUGAGGCUGCACUCUUUGCCUGCCUCCACCCCCCUUUUUUGCUUCACCUUUGGUUUAGGGGAGAGUGUGUGUAUCAUAAAUCCUUCUUUCCUGGGAGGAGAGAGGGGGGCCCUCUGAUGAUCAUAUAGGCCUAGAUCAGUGUUCUCCAGGGAGGGUAGGAGAUAUUUCUCUCCAGUUUGGUGGGUGUUGUCAGACACACCCUAUUACCUGGAAAGAAUGUUUAGCUCAGGGAUAGGCUUGUUGUGGUUUGAGAUCCACAGUGGUCAGCAGCAGCCAUCGGAGGCUGGGGGCAAGGAGGAUCUUGCUAAAAGGAAGUACUGGUUCUCUAGUCUUUGUUCACCUGGCACCACCUAUGGUAACCAUUCAGGAUGUCAAGAGCGACUCCAUGUCACAGCAGAGAAAGUGAUGGAGGCACAAGUUUAUCAGUGUCAUCAAAUAAGAGUAAUAGUGGUACAAGUGGCAUGUGAAACUUUGCCCUUCCAGUGUUAUACAUCAGGGAGCUCUGUAAACAGAAAUCCAGGUGAAGUCGGUAGAAACAGCUGAGCCACCAUGCGAGUGGGUCUGAGGAGGACGUAAUCCCCCGUGGAACUUUUCACCUUGGCUUGCUGGAAUCCCAACAGGCUCCCCUGUGGGAGGCUAGUUGAAGAAGCUGUAGGGGAUUCUGAUGCAGACCACUGGUUAAGAGCCAUUUUAAUACCUUAAUUAAUUGCAGGGUGUUCAUACGUAGUGGCAUCUUUAAUCCUCUGUGGUCUUAUGAGAAGACCACAGGAAGUGGGGGUGAAGUAGUCCCAGGGCUAGGGCACACCACAGAAGUGGAGGAUAAUUCGGACAUCACUGUCCAGGUCAGGCUCAGCCACUGUGGGAGGGGGACAUGAACGAGGACCCUACCUUUUCUAGGUAUUUGAGCAUAGUGUUGAAGAGACUGUUGGAUGGGGGAAGAUUUCGGCUACUUCCUUGUAUUCUGGAAAGCUUGUUGGAAAGGAAGAACUCUUAAGCAUACUCAAACCAGAUUGUUUUUUUCAGCAAACAUCUGGCAGAGAUUGGAAUGGGAGAGUGAAUAAAGAACUGACCUCAUGCUGCCCAGCAUUCUGAUCCCACUAACUGAGAGAAAGCAUCAGGUCUUAGAGCUGAAGUAUGGCUGCCGUUGUCCUACCUGACUCGUUUGACUCGUGCGCUAGCCUAGGCGGGAUGGUGGACGUGUGAUUCUGCUGAGUAUAAAGGUGUGCCCCGACCUUGGCCCCCCAUGGUUCUCUGUGUUCCUUCAGUUCCUGCCUGGGAGCCCUUCUGUCUGAAAGCACAUCCCACCUCCUCCGGUGAUUCUCUGCCCUGGGCCCUCUGGACUUUAACUCCUAAUGCUAUCACCCCACGAAAGGAAGCAAUUUCUCACGGAUCCCACCCCUCCUAGAAGGCCCCGUGCUGUCUCCAAGGCACCAUGAAUGCCAUCGUCGCUCUCUGUCACUUCUGCGAACUCCACGGUCCCCGCACUCUCUUUUGCACUGAGGUUCUGCAUGCCCCUCUUCCGAAAGGGGCUGGGACUGAGGAUAGCCCUGGGCCUGGCGAACAGGCCGAGGAGGAGGAAGGUGGCAUUCAGAUGAGCAGCCGGACCCGCACCCACAGCCCAGCAGAAGGGGCCAGUGCAGAGUCCAGCAGCCCAGGGCCCAAAAAGUCGGACAUGUGCGAGGGUUGCCGGUCACUUGCUGCAGGGCACCCCGGGUAUAUCAGCCACGAUAAAGAGACCUCGAUUAAGUAUGUCAGUCACCAGCACCCCAACCACCCCCAGCUGUUCAGCAUUGUCCGCCAGGCUUGCGUGCGGAGCCUGAGCUGUGAGGUCUGCCCUGGCCGUGAAGGCCCCAUCUUUUUCGGGGACGAGCAGCAUGGGUUUGUGUUUAGCCACACGUUCUUCAUCAAAGACAGCCUGGCGAGGGGCUUCCAGCGCUGGUACAGCAUCAUCACCAUCAUGAUGGACCGGAUUUACCUCAUCAACUCCUGGCCCUUCCUGCUGGGGAAGAUCCGCGGGAUCAUUGAUGAGCUCCAGGGCAAGGCCCUCAAGGUGUUUGAAGCGGAGCAGUUUGGAUGCCCCCAGCGUGCCCAGAGGAUGAACACAGCUUUUACUCCGUUUCUGCACCAAAGGAAUGGUAACGCUGCCCGUUCACUGACAUCCUUGACAAGCGAUGACAACCUGUGGGCAUGUCUUCAUACUUCCUUUGCUUGGCUCCUGAAAGCGUGUGGCAGCCGGCUGACUGAGAAGCUCCUGGAGGGCGCCCCCACUGAGGAUACCCUGGUUCAGAUGGAAAAGCUGGCGGAGUUAGAAGAGGAAUCAGAAAGCUGGGACAACUCUGAGGCUGAAGAGGAGGAGAAGGCCCCUAUAUUGCCGGAGGGUGCCGAAGGGCGGGAGCUGAACAAGUGCCCGACAGAUUCUUCUUUGCUUUCAGACUGUGGAAACUGGCAGCCCCGAAAGCUGUCUGUGUUUAAGUCCCUUCGGCACAUGAGGCAGGUCCUUGGUGCCCCAUCUUUUCGUAUGUUGGCCUGGCAUGUUCUCAUGGGGAACCAGGUGAUCUGGAAAAGCAGAGAUGUGGACCUUGUCCAGUCAGCUUUUGAAGUUCUUCGGACCAUGCUGCCGGUGGGCUGUGUCUGCAUCAUUCCUUACAGCAGCCAGUACGAGGAGGCCUACCGCUGCAACUUUCUGGGGCUCAGCCCACACGUGCAGAUCCCCACCCACGUGCUGUCCUCAGAAUUUGCCGUCAUCGUGGAGGUCCAUGCAGCCACUCGCUCCAGCCUCCACCCUGUCGGCUGUGGGGAUGACCAGUUUCUCAGCAAAUACGAGUUUGUGGUGACCAGUGGGAGUCCUGUAGCUGCAGACCGAGUUGGGCCGACCAUCCUGAAUAAGAUGGAAGCUGCUUUGACCAACCAGAAUCUGUCUGUGGAUGUGGUUGACCAGUGCCUCGUCUGCCUCAAGGAAGAGUGGAUGAACAAGGUGAAGGUCCUUUUUAAAUUCACCAAGGUGGACAGUCGACCCAAAGAAGACACGCAGAAGCUCCUGAGCAUCCUGGGAGCAUCUGAGGAGGACAAUGUCAAACUGCUCAAGUUCUGGAUGACAGGCCUGAGCAAAACUUACAAGUCACAUCUCAUGUCCACGGUGCGCAGCCCCACAGCCUCAGCCUCGUAAUUGAUCCCACCAUGGAAGUCGGUGUCUGGGAGGUGGUGAUGGCCUUCCUUGCCACUGAGCUCAGAGGCGGGUCUCUGGUGGCAGGCACAGGCUGCCCUCCCAUUUCUGAACUGCUGGCACAGAGCUGUUUUCUAGCAAGGAAUGGAAACUGUUGGGGCUGAACUUUGCCUGUGUGUGGGAUUUGGGCCUGGCGUAGUUCUUGGUACCAUCCCACAAGCGAUUACAAUUACUCCAGACUGGAGAGGACAGUGGCAGACUUGUGACAACGGACAGGUCUGCUGCAUUUGUGCACCCUUGUGAAAGACUAAAUAAAAGGUGUGUCUGAUGCCUCCCCUGGACUUAGAUCUCAAAAUUGAUAGAGAAAACAUGCCAGACCAGUCCUGAUUUGGGUAGUUUAGCCACAAUAUCAUACUCUCUUGAGGUUAACAUUCAAAACUUUCUAUUCUGAAGUUCAGCAAGCUUUCCAGGUUUUAUAUGUGUGCGUAUAUGUUUUGCUACAGUUGUGAAUUUUCAGGAUAGGUGCUGAUCCUUAGUCAUUUUUAGUAAUCUUGUGUUGAGUUAGGGCUCUGGGAAAGGCUUUGGGGGAUGGAGUAGAUGUGUCCCUCAUCUUUGGAUCCCUCUGGAAUUCAUCUUCUAAAGUCAUAUGACUACCAGGUCCUCUGCCCAUGUUCUCCCGAGGUUGCUUUGAAAGUACCCUCUAGCUUGAGGACAAGCCUCUGAUCUUUGUUACACAAAGAUGAUAUUUUGCUGAAAUGUUUAGUGGAGCCAUUUGACUUGAAUAACUCACUGUGUAUGGAACUCAGAAACCCACCAUAAUUGUAUUCCACAUCACUUUGCAUUUAUUACGUUUUAAAACAUUUACACUUGGCUGCAGUUAAUUUUCAGACUAUGGUGAUUUAAGAUAAGAGUUUCAUCAUCCCAGUGUGCAUUUUGGAUAAAGGUUCAUUCUUUGGAGGGAUUUUCCAGCAGUUUUUCUGAUUUGUUUAGUUUUUUUGUUUGUUUAAUUUAUAUUUAACCUGAAGACUUUAAGUUUUUAUGACUUGAUAUCUGUACCAUGCAAGAACAUUGAAACACAAUAAAGAUGUAUUUUUAUAAACUA